AUAUAUAUACCUUAAAUGACUACCUAUCAGUGCCCGAUUUCUAAGGCAAUCACUAAAUCUCAUUCUCUCUUUUUGCAGCUAAUUGCUCUGUUGAUAUUGGUUCAUUUCUUUGAGAAAGUGUAUACACUCCUUGUAGAAGAUAAAAGAAGAGAAGUGGUAACAUUUGAAGGGAACUUAGACCCAGAGGAAGAGGCAAAGAUGUUGGGAAUUUUCAAGGAGAGUUUGGUUAAUCCCCCCAAAGAGCUCAACAGUGAAGCUUCUUUGAAUUCAUCCAGAAAGUCUAAGCUUCCUGAUGAAAUCAUUAAGGAUUUUGUAUCCUUCAAUCCCUCCCAUGCUUUCUCAAUGAGCUUUGGAAAUGAUGCUUUUCUAGCUUAUUCCCCUCCAAACAAGCCCUCCAUUGGUAACGGGUUGUUUUGUGGUUUGGAUAACAUAUACUGUGCUUUCAUGGGGAGUCUGAACAACCUGAGCAAGCUCAUCAAGCAGUAUGGCCUAUCAAAGGCAACCAAUGAGGCCCUUUUUAUCAUUGAAGCAUUCAGGACACUACGUGACAGAGGUCCAUUCCCUGCUGAUCAGGUCCUCAAAGAACUUGAAGGCAGUUUUGGAUUUGUGAUCUAUGACAACAAGAAUGGCACAGUUUUCAUUGCAUCAGAUUCAAAUGGAGGGAUUGGGCUUUUCUGGGGUGUUGCAGCUGAUGGUUCUAUAGUUGUUUCUGAAAAUUUGGAGCUGAUCAAAGCAAGUUGUGCUAAAUCAUACGCACCAUUCCCCAGUGGGUGCAUGUUCCAUAGUGAGCAUGGUCUAACGAGCUACGAGCAUCCUACGAGGAAGCUGAAGGCAAUGCAAAGGAUUGAUAGCGAGGGAGUUAUGUGUGGGGCCACCUUCCUUGUUGACUCUCAAUCAAGGAAGUCAAUGAUGCCACGUGUCGGAAGCGAAGCCAAUUGUGUUACUUGGGGCACAUGAGCCUGAUUUAGCCAACCAUCAUCUCAGCAAUGACCCCUAACAUCGAUUUCUUUUUCUUUCCACUUUAUUUUAUUUUAAUGCUAAGAGAGAGGAGAGCCAGGGGUGGUGUCUCUGUUAUUAGCUCUUUUGGGAUUUUCUUCUCUUUUUAUUUGCUUAUUUGGUUCCAUUGUUGUAUACAUACUAGUGUGGAAUCGUGCUAUGCACAGAUGUGUAAUUAUUGAAAGUUUACAUGUAUUGUUUAAGAUAAUCCUUUGUUUGUAAUCAGAGGGCUCUAGUUCAAAUAGGUCGAUUUAAGUGCAAGUUCAAAUAGGUCGAUUUAAGUGCACAUUAACCACUUAAAAUCAGAGCUGUCCAAUUCAGUUUGGAGGGUCACAGACCUUCGGAGGGUCACAGACCCUUCACUUUAGUAAAUGUAGGAUCACU